AUGACUGCUUGCAUAGAUAAGAGAGAAAAGAGAGGCAAAAUAUCGCACCGCGAUGCUCCUACUGUUGAAUCGCAACAUCCAGAGGAGUCCAGAAAGAAAGGCAUCCUUAGCCAUGUUGUAGUUGUUGCCGCUGCGUACUAUAUCCAUCGUCGCUCAUCUGCUGAUACGAUCUCACAAAUAGGGAAGAUUUCCAAGAAUAUUGCGGCUCGAUCCGCUAUUGCUGCGAAACUGCCCUUGAAUUCGAAUGGUGCGCAAGCUGGUGGUGACAUUGAUACGAAGCAGGAGAGAGAGGAGGAAGAUGAAGAUCCGAGCAAGAAUUUUGAUGAGGAGGCGGACAUGCUGGAGGAUAUGAUUAGGGAUAAGGAAAGAAACCAGAAUAACUGGGGAGGAGGGCGUGAAGCUGGAGGUACCUGGGAAAUUCCUAUUCGGUAG